AUGUCAAACCAUUUCGAUGGAUUUGUACCUAUUCAUUCGAUAUUUUAUUCAUUAUUUCAUCCAACUGAGGGUACGAAAGUGAGGUUCCAAUUCCCGCCUGACAGUCUAGAAAACAGUGGGAUAAGUUUUGACACUAUUAAAAACUACGUUAUUCCCAAACCCCAGCUUUGUAAUAAGCUUUUGACCUUUAAGUAUGGCUCUUACCGGCUCGUAUGUUAUCCUGUAAAUAUAAAUGCCUCUUAUUAUGCCAGAAACUCGUUCAGUUUUGAUUUUGUAUUUGUUUUCCCAUAUGAUUCUGCAACAUCCCCAUAUGAGCCUGCAAUCGGAAGAUUAGGGAAAAUGUUCAGGGUACUUGAGGAGCAAUCACAAGUCUUAUCGAAAAUAGAGAGGGAUCCAAUUUACUACCACUUGAAGACACAAGAUGUGAAGGCUGUCGAUCAGAAUAGCGAAGAACCUGAAUCUAAAAACAACCCACAAAAUUGUAACGAUAAGAUAAGAAGAGGUCAUCAUGAACACGCGUUUGAGAAAUACCAUGAAAUUAUGAAACAUAUUGCAAUGAAUGAGAAGCAACUUUCUAUUGAAGAUCUGAUCACCAAGCUUUAUGAAGAUUUGAAUAACUACUCAGAAUGUUUAAUUCCAAUGGAUUCAGGAAAUGCCAUUGAUAUCAAAUUGUUCCCGUUGCUAGCGCCUCCGAAUUCAUGCUUCUCAGUUGAAGAUGUUCCAAUUGCAAAGUUAAACCUAAUUGAUUGGGUUGAUGUUAAUUGGGAUCCCACCAUGGUUAAAAUUGUUCCUUAUAUAAAUGGAAUUAACAGUAUUGCGAAAAUCUCGAAAUAUAGUGACAGUGAUGUUGGAUUGGUCAUGGAAUGCGUGAAACAUCUGAUAUACUACGAUUGUGUGGUAUUGGUCGAUAUGUUCCAGUUUAGCAAUAUUUAUGCACCCACUAGCCAGCUUUCAGAAUUUUUGACAGAUCCGUCCAUCGCCAGAGAGUGUCAAUUGUACGUUAUAUCGAGUGAGGAUUCUGAGCUCCAUCAAUUACCAUUUGAAGGAAGACCAAAUGCUAACCAUUCCAGGAAUCCAACAGCAUCUACCAUCACAUUUGGUACCCUUAAGAGAACAAUAUAUACUAAUCCAAGACCAGAAUCGUUUAGUUCUAAUACGGAAUUUGCACAAAAACCCAACGCUAACACGUCGUUACCUUCGGAACCUUCUAUUACACACUCCAGUAAGAAUUCCGAAUUCAAUCAUGAGAACAAUAAAGGCAUUCUGAAUAGAACACUACCCACUAGAAGUUGUCUUUUUGAUCUAUAUCGAUCAUUGUCGCAGGGUCAGACCAUGAAAGAUUGGUAUAAAAUGAAUUUUGAAGUUAUUAGGAAAAAUAGAAUAGAUGUUAGACGAUUCAUAACUUUCGGCGUUUUUCGGAAAUUGAUUUACAGAUGCUACUCUUAUCCUGUGGCCAAAAGCAUUGGAACUUUAGAUAUGCUAAAGCGGUUUGAUUACGCAUCACUCCCUAAUAAUUUUAUGAGUCCGAAAAACAAUAACUCAAACAACGUUUUUUCAACAGCUGAUAUUUGUGUUGAUUUUGGCGAACCUUCACAAUUUAGAAAGAAGCCAUUAGUUCCCAAUACUGACGCUGCAGAUGAAGUUUUGAGAGAUGCGUAUAAAAAGCUAUCACUGAAUGAAAGGCUGCCAAAUCCUCUUGACCAGAUCACCAGGUCGAAAAAGCUUUCUCUUGAGAAUGAUGCUUCUGCUAAUGUGGACAACAGGAAACUAAGUAGUAGUACCUCAGGCACAGCAAAAGUAUUAUUUGACAUGAAAGAUAGGCUAAGUAACAAAGAUUUUGAAUAUCGAGAUCAAAAUGCAGCUUCAACAGAAUUAAAGAGAAAAAGACAACAGCAAUUUUUGCUACUAAAAUCUAUCAAAAAUGUCGAUAGUUUUGACAAGAUAGCAAUAAAAUUAGAAAUCAAUAAACAGGAGGUGGAAGAGCUUUUGAAAGCAACAGGAGAAUAUAACAUAAUUAACAGUUAG